AUGGAGAUGAUUCAUGAGUUCCUUGUGGCUGCCCUGUCAGCUGAUGCACUAGUCCGUACUGGAGGCGAAGGAAGUCUCCGGCAGUUCCAAGAGCAGGACUUACCUCUGUUUCUUCUAUCACUCUCCUCUGAGCUUGCCAACGAUGAUAAACCUCUCGAGUCCCGCGGAUUGGCUGAUCAAGGAUCUAUUGCUAGCAACUCUUGGCUCAUCUUCCUUGGAGGCAAGGUUAUCGCAAAGGUGGCCUCGAUAGAUAUUCCUCUAAAGCAGUGGCCUCAACUUUUUAAAUCCCUCCUUAGCAAUAUGACCGACCAAGCUAGUCCUGCAACGUUGAAGCAGUCUACGUUGGAAACUCUAGGCUAUGUCUGUGAGGAGAUAUCUCAUGACGACCUUGAGCAAGAUGAAGCGAAUUCCGUCCUUUUAGCAAUAGUCUAUGGAACGCUACAGUUUGAAACUAACACACAGGUUCAUCUUGCAGCAAUGAAGGCAUUGCUUCAUGCCUUGGAUAUCGCUCAUGUGACCUUUGACGAUGAAACUCAUAGAAAUUACAUCAUGAAGAUGGUGCUUGAGACAGCCAUCAUGUCCCAUGAAGCAGAGAUCAUGCAUGCAGCUUGUGAGUGUCUCGUGUCAAUAGUAUCAAUGUACUACGAGGUGUUGGACCUGCACAUUGGUGGAAUCUGUCGGCAUACAUCACAUGCAAUCAAUGGUAAUCAAGAAAGUGUUGCCCUCCAAGCAGUUGACUUCUGGAGCUCAAUUUGUCAUGUAGAGAUUCAAGAGUUUGAGAAUCGUCAUCCCCAUUCUGAUAUCAUCAAGCGGGCUCUUCCUCAUCUUGUUCCCAUGUUGCUAGAGACUUUGUUGAAACAGGACCAAGGCCGCCUAUCUAUGGCUGCUCGGACUUGUCUUGACCUCAUCAAAACAACGGUAGGAGCUGAUAUGGUCCCUUUUGUGACAACUUUUGUUCAAGCUAAGAAGAUAACUGAGCCGCAUUGGACUAGUCGGGAAGCAGCAACCUAUGCUUUGGCAUCAAUUUUGGAGAGAUUUGCUAGACUAUAA